AAAAAUGCAAUGACCCAGCGGAACCCUUAUCGUCUGCUAGCGCACCGUGAACGUUGGGCCGCGCGGAACGAACCGCCUUUUGUAAACAACGUUUGGUCGGCGAUACGAAGUUUGAACGCCCUGCCCUCCGAUAUAUCUCCCUUCCAAGAUGGAUGCAAAGUUUGAAAGUGAUGAUGAAACAGUGAAUGGGAGAGAUUAUGACCUAGAGAGGCAUAAAGCACAAGUUCUGGCAGAAGUGGAUGCCAUUUUUGGCUUCAAGCAGAAAAAUAGUGAAGCAGCAGUAAAUGAUGUUGAAGAAACAGCAAAAGGAAAUACAGAUAAAGUGUAUUACAGAGAACAACAGAGUAGUAAAUAUAAUGAAUAUACACACAGAGAAAAAGAAGUACAAAGCACAGGUUUUUCUGAACCCUUCAUGAUACCCAAAGAUACUAGAUAUAUGAUGAGUCCAAAAGAGGUAGCAGAAUACAGUGAAAGAAGUACUGAAAAUCAUGGAGAAAGAAAUGAACAGAAAGAAAUAGAUCAAACAGAAUCACCUUCCCAGGAGAGUUACCCAGUAUACACUCCUGUGGAAGGAAGUGAAAGAGUGAACGAUGUGCCAAUGGAAACAGAAAACGUUCACUAUCGGCAGCUGAUGAAAUUUGACUUUGAGUCUCCAGUUGAAGCUCUGGAUUAUAAGAAGUGUUUUCAAGAAAUGGCAGAUAACUACACAAAAGGAUGUAAAUGGUCUCCGGAUGGCUCAUGUUUGCUGGUUGGGAGUGUGGACAAGAAGCUGCGUCUCUUUAACCUUCCAAAUCCAGUGGCAAUGGGACAAUGUCUAGACGAAUCUUGGCAAGCAGAAAGGGAACGAUACAACCUACCAGCUGUUACAGUCCGGGAAAGAGAACUGAUCUAUGACUAUGUGUGGUAUCCUCACAUGCGUUCUGAUAAUCCCCAGUCUUGCUGGAUGAUGAAAUCCUUUGCUGGGAUAUCAGGAAGUUAGGGACUAUUUUGUACAGUUUGAAGAGGGAGAUCAACACAAAUCAACGAAUCUACUUUGAUUUAGAGCCACAACUCUGCAGAUUCCUUGUGUCUGGAGACACAAGAGGCAAGGUACAGAAAUGGGAUUUAGAACAGCAAGGAACAACUGAGCUUGAUGAUAGUGUGCCAUUUCUGCAGUCUAGUGCAUCUUUUCAGGCUCAUAAAGACUGCUGUAAUGGAAUAAGCCUGCAUCCUUACAGUGCCAUUUUAGCUACUAGCUCUGGGCAGAGACACUUCCCAGAGCCAGUGGAAAGUGACUCCAGUUCCAAUGAAAGUGCAUCGAAACCCAUGUUCUCCAAGAAGAAAAUCACACAAGAAAACACUGUGAAAUUGUGGUGGCUUGGAGGACGAUGCUAAACCAUUCCAGUCACCAGUGAUAUAAUUAGAUAUUUGUAAAGCUGGACUUUUACAAAGAAAAAGCUUUUCUUGUUUUGUUUUGUUUAUGGAACUUUGAAGAAAGCUUCUGAACCUCCAGUAUUUUUUACCUUAAAAUGUUAUGAAAAUAUCCCAAAAAGUAACAGGGAAUUUGCCUUGUUUUAUUUUUUUUAUGGGGAAUAAAAUAUUUCAUACACCCAAUAUUAAUAUAAUUACCCAUUAGGUUUUGUAUAUCAAUUAUAUAACAUUUGUAAAAGUGAUGUAAUUAAAAUGAGGAAUUUGCAUUUUAUUAAUAAUCAUUAUAUGUGGUCCUGUAGUGUAGAACCUGGACAUAGUCAAGCCCAGAUUCCACUACAAAAACCAGCCGUGGUCUCUGAGCUACUUCCAGCUACCCAGCCUCUUGUUUAGAUUAUGAUAAAUACAUUCCCCAGCCCAGCCACAUACAAGUUGACAUCAAAAUGUUAUGACUGCAUAAUAUACUCAAAGACAAUCAUAAACUAUAGAUCAGGGGGUAGCAACCUAUGCUCCCCAGGCUGAAUACAGCCUGCCAUGUGCAGUAAUUUUGUGCUUCGUAAUUUCGCCUCAUCUAGCUUUUUGCUAAAUGUUGAGACCUAGUGACACAAUGCGUCAAGUCUACACAAAUUGAUGAAUGUAUUCUUAUGCCAUAAUAUUACUCAAAAAUAUAUAUUAUUACUUACUAUUA